GCUGUGGAAACGAAGAAGCCAAAAUGAAAAUGGCAAAGACACAGCAAGUGAUGGUAGGAGGAAGUUCUUGGGGAAUUAGAAACAUCUUUCAUUCUCUUGUAGCCAUCUUAACCACUCUUCUACUUCUCACUACUACCAUUUAUGUAAGACAUGACAGAGGACAUUUAUCUCCCACCAUAAAUGCCUCCAGUAAUUCCUCCUUCUCAUCAUCUUUUUCUUCAUCAUCAUCUUCAUCAUCAUCAUCAUCAAAGUGUGACUUCUUCUCUGGUAAGUGGGUUUUUGAUAACCAAUCUUAUCCAUUGUACAAAGAGCAGCAAUGCAGCUUCAUGUCAGAUCAGUUGGCUUGUGAGAAGUUUGGAAGGAAAGACCUUAGUUACCAGAAUUGGAGAUGGCAACCUAACCACUGUGAUCUUCCAAGGUUCAAUGCCACAGCACUGCUUGAAAGACUAAGGAACAAGAGACUUGUGUUUGUGGGGGAUUCACUCAUCAGAGGCCAAUGGGUUUCCAUGGUCUGUCUUGUUGACUCUAUACUUCCCAAAACCCUCAAAUCCAUGCAUUCCACUGCUAAUGCUUCACUCAACAUUUUCAAGGCCAAAGAAUACAAAGCAAGUAUUGAGCACUAUUGGUCCCCAUUACUUGUAGAAUCGAACUCAGAUGACCCAGUAAACCAUAAGGUGGUAGAACGCACAGUGAGAGUGAAGGCAAUAGAAAAACAUGCAAAGUAUUGGACCGAUGCAGAUUUUCUGGUUUUCAAUACAUAUCUGUGGUGGAGAAGGCCAGUCAUGAAUGUUCUGUGGGGAUCAUUUGGAGACCCAGAUGGUGUCUACAAAGGUGUGGAAAUGUUGAGAGUCUAUGAAAUGGCCCUGAGAACGUGGUCCGAUUGGUUGGAAGUGCAUGUCAAUCGUAACAAGACCCGUUUGUUUUUCGUUAGCAUGUCACCCACUCAUGAAAGGGCUGAAGAAUGGGGAGCUGGAAAGGGUAACAAUUGUUACAAUGAAACUGAUAUGAUUGCAGAAGAAGGUUAUUGGGGCAAGGGGUCUGACCCUAAAAUGAUGCGUGUGGUGGAGAAUGUGCUUGAUGAUUUGAAAGAAAGAGGUUUGAAUGUUCAAAUGCUUAACAUCACACAACUUUCAGAAUACAGAAAAGAAGGACACCCAUCUAUCUACAGGAAGCAGUGGAAUUCUCUAACACAAGAACAGAUUGCAAACCCAAAAAGUUAUGCAGAUUGCAUACAUUGGUGCCUUCCUGGUGUCCCUGAUGUGUGGAAUGAACUCCUUUAUGCCUAUAUUUUCUACCAAUAACAUAUGUUUCACAUGGAAAGCUUGCAAAUAGCAUGUGUUCAAAAUGACACAUUCUUUCUAUAUCUUUCAGGCUAUUUAAUCAUUUUAUAAUCAAUCAAACAAAACUGUAAAGCAUAACUCUUUUAGCAUGUUUAUAGAACACCACU